AUGGAUCUCUCCAAGAUGACCCCCUAUAAAGCGCCGAUUGCCGUUAGCAGCUUUCCGCAUUUGACUGUCACUCUUUGUGGAUUUGGUCUAUUUCUCCUUGGACUUUUCAUGAUUAAUCAGAUCUCCGCUACGAAAUUUUCGCGCAAUAUUGUAAGAGAAGUUGCUCUUGCCACCACUGCCUCAUUCUUCCUCGGAUUUGGCACACUCUUUUUGCUUCUCUGGGUUGGAAUCUACGUCUAA